AUGUAUAAUUAUCCCAUGCUGGCAGUAUUCAUAGACCAUGACUCUCUAUCCAACAGAUCCCACCUGAAUAGAUCAGAGAUGGCCCAGAAAAGCCGCCUACCUGCCCCUUAUGGAGUACCUGUCCUUGCAGUUUUACUUUUGCCGUGUCUAGUCACAGGUGUGGAGCUGGCUAUAAACAAUAGUUCUGAUAACCAAAUACUAUCCACAAAGCCCGGCCGUGACGAGUCCCUGUGGUGCACUGUACGUAACAACAGCAGGGCGGAGGAAUUACGCUGGUACCGAGGAGACGGGACUGUGAACUUGAAAGAUGGAAAUAAAAUUAAUACCACUAACAUCUGCAUACUUCCAGUCUCUAAGACCGACAAUGGAGUCAGCUUUACCUGCAAGCUGGUGCGGAACGAGUCCAUUCAGAUCUCGGUGACUCUGGAUGUCCAGUUUCCUCCUCUCCUAACUGGGGAAGACCCUCCUCCAGUAGAAGAAAAGAAUGAUGUGAAGCUGACUUGCAAUGUGAAUUCCAACCCUCAAGCUGAAAUGGUUUGGUAUAAAGACAACAGCACCCUGACCCUGAAGAAAGAUCACUAUCAGAUAUACCAUACUAGUGAGGUCUUCCAGCUGACUAUCAAGAAAGUAGAAAAAUCUGACAAUGGAACAUACACUUGUGAGGCUAAAUCUGUUCUCGGAGAGAUGAGAAAGGAGUUCCACCUGACAGUUGAAGAUAGAAAACCGGUUUUUCCCUUGGAGGCUAUUAUUGCUGCCAUCGUGGUGGUUUUACUCACUGUAAUUUUUGGAAUUGUGGCUCGAAGAGAAAAAAUAUUUAAGUGCUUCAAAAAGACAAAAAAAACACCAAGUGAAACAGCUCUGUGAAGAAAUCCUGAGGUUACUGUGUGCGCCUAAGAAGCACCAUCUGUAGCAAGACAUAUGCCCUUGUGUUAAGGGAUGGGAUUAGCCAUUAUGCAUUGCAAUAGUUACUCUAGUUCAUAUAGUCCCUUCUAUAUUUAUUGUUAUUUUACACAAUGAUCCUUUCAAAAUGUAAAUGGUUCUUUAUGUAUGUUGAUUAUAACCUACUGCUUUGAACACAUUCCUUCUGGGGAGGGGCAGGGGGAGAGGAUGACUACAUUGCUUCCUUUUGGUCUGCCUCCAUUUUUAUUCCUAAAGGAUGUUUGCAUGUAAUCAGGAUCAUUAUUUCUUAGGAGUCUGUUCCUGUUGAUUAGGCCCCAGUGGAAGUCACAAUGAGUUGCCAUGGGAAUGAUUAUGUUGUCACAACCCGAAGAGCUUGAUGUCAAGGGCACAAAUACCAGUAGCAGAUAAUUUCUUAAGAAAGGGAAGGCUUGGGGGCUGAACAGCUCUGUGGUUAGGUAAUAA